AUGUCAUCAAACAUAAAAAACUGUAAACACCAUGAAUAUCGUAUCGUUGAUGGUUAUGAAGUUCUUGGUAAUGUAGUUUCAUGGCCUACCAAAGAUACCUUUCAAUCAAAACAACAUAAUCAAAAUGAGGAAGAAAAAAAAAUUGAACCUGAUUAUGCAAAUUUUGAUCCAAUAGAAAAAGAUGAGGAGGAUGACAAUGAACUUCAGUAUAAUAGUUAUGUUGGUGGAAGAACACAAAUAGAAAUUGAAAAAUAUUUAAAAAGAAAUAUUUCAUUCUUUUUUUAUCAUAAAAUGUCAAAAUCAUCAAUGUUGAAUGAUUUAAAAAUUCACCUUCAUUUAUAUAUGGCAUACAAAAAUAUGGAUGGUGAAAUUUUUCAUUUUCGUGUUAAAAAUUUAUUAAGUUCGGGGGUGUAUAAAAAUAAUUAUUACUAUCUUGUUGGACCAUGUGGAAAAGGGCCAAAAUUUGAUGAUUUAGAAAAUUUGGUUAAUUAUUAUAAAAUGAAAACAGAGAAAGUUAGAAAAGAAGAAAAUGAAAAAUGA